GCUCUGUUAGGAGCGAUUUGUUUGUGUAAAAUGUUAAAAUCAUUUUAUUUGGUGCUGCUGAUGGCGUCAAUAACAAAGCCGGAACCAGCGUCUAUUUUUGAUUUCAGUUACCCGAAUAUCAAAGAUGACAUUUACGAGCAACCAGUUAACCUGAUGACGUCCAAGAAAAAUCCACAUACGAAGGGUGACGUUGAAAAACCAACUACUGAGGACCCGUGGUCUCCAUACGACUUCUCCAAGUUCGAUGCUUAUUUGGCUGGUCUCAAAGACGACUCUGAAAGCAAUCGUGUCAAGCGAAGAGCUAAGCGUCGUCGAGGACACAACAGACAUCGUAACAAGACGCGUUCGUCUACAGUCACACCAGAAGAACACGAGUCGAAAAACGUAUCAAGCACAGACGUGCCGGUGGCGAGACGCGCGGAUCUCUCCGACACGCAAGAGGGCAAAGGAAAGAAACGCAAGAAAAAUAAAAAGGACAGACAUAAGAAAUACGAUUCGUACGAGCCCCCUGUUAAGGAAUACGAGUCGUCUUUCGUUGAGAUGCCCAAGGACUUGUACCAAGCGCACCUUCGACCGGGAGUCAUCUUUCGUAUCCACAUGUCUGAAGCCAUCCUUAAAAUGCAAUACCGGAAUUACGGUGAAGAUAAAGACGAGUCAGUAAUCGAAGCGGACGUGGAGUACCUCCGGCUGACGCGCAAGGUGAUCAACGACGAGAUCACCAAGUUCGAGGACCUCAAGUGGCUCGUGGGCUGGUUCAGCAACCGCUCGGAGCUGAUCCAGGAACACAUGUGCAACACCAGAUAUUACGCAGUUGGUAUUCCUCCCACAAUGUUCACGCACUCCGAGGAGUAUAUGAAGCGGAUGUGCUUAUUCGACAACGUGUACAUCGACCACAUCCCAUACGUGGUGGGCGAGGACGGCUCCCUGAUGGCGGCGGUGGCACCACCCGUGCUCCACUGUGACGCCGCAACGUGUACCUCCGUGCCAUUCAUUGACAGUAUCAUGUUCGACGAGCGCCUGUCCCGCACGAACGUGCGCACCGUGACGCGCUGCCAGGCGAGCUGCCGCGCGCACUGCCGCAACGACCCCGACUGCCUCAAGCGCUGCUCCGACCGCUGUUUGCGCGCCGACUGAGCGGCCGCGAUUUACAUCAUUAUACACUACGAAUAUUA